CAUCAAGUUGGAGAAAUGACAAGUGAUGGCAAUUCUAUGUCAAAGAAAGUUCAGCAAAUGCAGGCAUUCUUUGGUUUACGGGUCACAGGGAAGCUGGACUACAGCACCAUGGAUGUAAUAAAGAGGCCUCGCUGUGGUGUCCCUGAUAUAGCAAACUAUCGCCUUUUCCCAGGAGAGCCAAAAUGGGAAAAAAAUACAUUGACAUACAGAGUAACAAAGUAUACGUCCAGCCUAAGUAAUGCAGAAGUUGACAAGGCUGUGGAGAUGGGGCUGAAAGUGUGGAGCGUUGCUGCCCCUUUGAACUUUCUAAAGACAAACACAGGAGAAGCAGAUAUCAUGAUAUCUUUCCAAAGUGGAGACCAUGGGGACUCCUACCCAUUUGAUGGGCCACGGGGGACUCUAGCGCAUGCUUUCGCACCUGGGGAAGGACUGGGCGGAGACACUCACUUUGACAACGCAGAGAAGUGGACAAUGGGGAUGAAUGGAUUUAAUUUAUUCACUGUAGCUGCUCAUGAAUUUGGCCAUGCACUGGGCCUUGCCCAUUCAACAGACCCAUCAUCUCUGAUGUAUCCAACAUACAAAUAUCAACAUCCAUUUGGCUUCCGUCUCCCCAAAGAUGAUGUGAAAGGAAUCCAGGCACUAUACGGUAACAACACCACAUUUAUUUGGUCACGGAAGCCUGGAUCCAAUGUACCGCAUCAGCCUCUUCCCAAACCAUCAACUCCAACUAAUCCAGACCACUGUGACUCCAGAUUUUCCUUUGAUGCUGUUACAAUGCUAGGGAAAGAACUUCUUUUCUUCAAGGAUAGGCUCUUCUGGAGAAGGCAAGCUCAGCUGACCACAAGCGUACAACCACUUGCCAUCACAACCUCUUUCCCUCAGCUCAUGUCAAAUGUCGACGCUGCCUAUGAAGUAACUGAAAGAGGAGUUGCUUAUUUUUUUAAGGGCCCUCAUUACUGGACAACUCGUGGGUUCCAAAUGCAGGGCUCUCCCCGGAGCAUUGCAGACUUUGGAUUUCCAAGGAGUGUACUACAAAUAGACGCAGCUGUCUACCUGAGGGAUGAAAAGAAGACACUCUUCUUUGUAGAAGAUGAAUAUUACAGUUAUGAUGAAGCAAAAAGAAAAAUGGAGAAGGAUUUUCCAAAGAGCAUUGAGGAUGAGUUUUCAGGAAUCAAUGGCAGGAUAGAUGCAGCAGUAGAGGUGAAUGGGUACAUUUACUUCUUUUCAGGCCCCAAAGCCUAUAAAUAUGACAAGGAAAAGGAAGAUGUGGUUAACAUUGUGAAAUCCAGCUCAUGGGUGGGUUGCUGAACUGCAGCAGACACCGGCAUGAUCGAUCACAAGGAGGGAGAACAUAACUGAAAACCUGGCGCAUGUCAGCAAAACCAGACACUCACUUCCUGUGGCUUUGUCUUCAGAAGAAGACUGACAAAGGGAUGCGUUAUUGCUCAAGUCCAGAAAAAGAGAGGAACACAUUCAAAUAAAUGACACAAUAGCAUUUCAAGUAGCUUUGAAAAAUUCCUGGAAAAAUCAUAUUCAGUAUGU